UAAAAUCUGUCCGCGGGCCAUGAUUGGCCCCCGGGCCGCACAUUGGACAUCCCUGCUGUCUGUUUUGUAAACAAAUGUCUCCUCUUGACCAACAUGCAGCUUUAAAAACAAGUCAAUUUAGAAACCCACUGCGCAUGCGCUAAGCCUAGACCACGCACCCUUUCACUUCGUGGUCCUCUGAUUGGUCAACAGUGCGGAAGCGGGUAAUGGCGGCGUAAACAAGCCAAACAUCGGUGCAGGGCUGUGGAGCUUUGUCGAGUCACUGCAGAGGAUAAAUGUUAAAAAAUCACCUAUGCGUUAACGGAGUUUGUCGUCUGUAACUAAGAGGAUUUGUGUCCGGUGAGCAGACCAUACAAACCCCGCUGGGUUAAUUAGUUAUAAACUUUUAGCCGAGCGUGCUGAGUUAACUUCAGUCUGCAGAGAUGGACUGCGUGGUGACGGGAGGAAACGUCAAAGUGCUGGCCAAAGCCAUCCACUCUCUGUCCAGGAUCGGCGAUGAGCUGUAUGUGGAGCCUCAGGACGAUGGGCUGGCCCUGCGGUCUGUCAACUCUUCUCGGUCGGCAUAUGCUUGUUUCCUGUUCGCACCACUCUUCUUCAGCAGGUACACUGUCCCCGGGGGACACACCUUCCGCUGCAAGAUGGCAAUAAAGAGCGUGCAGGCUGUUUUUAGGUCUCUAGCGUCUCUGGAGAAAACGGUGGAAAAGUGUCACAUUGAGCUGGACGAGCAGAAGAACCGCCUCACUUUUACACUACACUGCAAACACGGCCUCUUGAAGACACAUAACUUGUCUUUCCAGGACAGUGAAAGUUUACAGGCAGUGUUUGAUAAAGACAGCUAUGCCAAUGUAUUCAGAUCCCAUCCCAGGCUACUGGUGGACACAGUUGUGCACUUCCCUCCUUCUCUGGAAGAAGUGACAGUGUCAGUGAGUGAUGAGCGGAUGUGGGUCAGGAACCAUGUGGAGGAAGAAGACCAGUCCAAGGCCAUGCUGACGGAGCUGUGUCUGGCUUCAGACGAGUUUGAUCAUUUCGCUGUCCAAACUCACAACAGUGUCACCUUUUGUCUGAAGGAGUUACGGGGUUUGUUAGUAUUUGCAGAGUCUACUGGUCUCCCUAUUUCUAUGUACUUUGAUGAGCCAGGCAGCCCUGUAGUUCUUUCAGUAACAGACAGCGUCCUGGAGGGGAACUUUGUGCUGGCCACACUUUCCGAUGACCCAAACAAGCGUAAAAACAACAGCAGACGAGCUUACACACCUCCGCCCCCUCCUGAUGACUUCAUGAAUGACGACAUAGACGCCUACCUCAUCGCCAUGGACACCAGUAUUGCACCAGGUCCCUCGGCCACAGGUCCACCCACAACCCCAUUAGCUGCUUCCACGUGUUCGAAACAGCCUGCUGCAGCCAAUCACAGGACAAGGCUAUACAGUGAGGAGGAGGAAGAGGAGGAGGAAGAGGAAACGGCUGAUUCAGCCGGCCCACCUAAUAAGAAGUUCUGUUCCCUGUUCUUCGGAUCAGUGCUUCCUCCGUCUUCUCAGAUGACAACUCAACCAGUGACAAGUCAGGAAGUUUUGGCCAGUGAUAGUGAGGAUGACGAACAGUGAAGUAGAGUGACAGUGGACUGAUGGAUGGAGAGAAGAGAGAUGGACUGAGAGACACUGUAGAGACACCCUGGACCCUUAUUUUCCAUCUUUACCUUCCUGUACACGCGUGGCAGAAAUAUGCAAAGACAGUGCACAGUACAGAACAAGAUGGCCACUGCCAGUGUAUUCCAACUUUUUAUUGAACUGUAACGUGAAUGGUGGAGUUGAACAUGAACAUGAAGCACUUCCUGUUUAUUUUUGUUCAGUCAGUUUGGUUUGUGAUCAAGGCGCAACAAAGAAAAGCUCCUCUGAAUAAAAGAAACAUAUUUUUCAAAAA